AUAUCUAACAAAUAAUACUACUUAAUAUUUUGGUGAUGUUCCAUAGAGACAAAACAAAUGUCAUAUGUUGUAAUAUUUGAUACCCUAUCUAAUCUUACAAGCUUGACAUUUCACCGAUCGCCGUUGCCAAAUAGGGAGAUCGGUACAUGAAGAAACUGACAAUACGAGAUUUUAUGAGAGAGAAACUUGCUCUGGACAGCUCAAUUGCCUCUCUCACUCUCUCUCUCUCCACUUUAUCUAUUUAGGUGUGUGUGUGUAGUGGACCAGUUGUUAAGAUCUAUGUCUCUAUCUCUUCUUUCCUGGGCAAACCAAUUCCAGAUCUUUGCCUCAAGGGUUCUUCUCCUAUCAAUUCCAUUUUUAUCCACAUAAACCCAGACAACCUUCGUUUAAAAAGGAAAGAAAAAAAAUCCCGUCUUGCUUGGUUGCUUCAACAAAUGCGAUCUACUUUGGGGAUCAGAGCAGAGCUGGUGAGUGUUGGUGAUGUCGAAAAAUAGGAAUUCAGAGCGAGAAAUAGGUAGCAGCAGCAAUGGUAGCAGCAGUUGUUGCUCGAAUGCAUCUUCUCAGCUGAAAAUCUACCAAACAUUCAUAUUCUCAGUCCCAAUUUUCUUCACAUUUAUACUUCUCUUCUUGUUUUAUUGGUUCUAUCUCCGGCGGCGACGGGCGGACUGGUCUUCUCUCAGAAUGAGGGCUAAUAAUUCCGUUCUAAUCGGCGAUGAUAUCUCCAGGUGUGAGCUUGGGCUAAAGAAGGAGCUGAGGGAGAUGCUGCCUAUUAUCGUCUUCAAUCACAGCUUUUCUGUCAAAGACACACUAUGCUCAGUGUGCCUGGGGGAGUACCUAGCGGAGGAUAAACUACAGCAGAUACCAAGCUGCGGGCACACGUUUCACAUGGACUGCAUCGACCUCUGGCUAACCAUACACACCACUUGUCCACUCUGCCGCCACUCUCUUCUUGCUCCCACUCUUCACCAACAGACUCAGACUAAUCAGGAUCCUCAAACCAGUGAUCCGCCUUCAGAGACAGAUGAAGGCCUUGUUGCCAUCGCAAGGGAUCAACAUGAUGACCCAGAAGCUCAAACCCAAAGGGGUGUCAUGGAGACUGUCAAAUGAAUCUCAUCAAUUGGAAUAUUGAUAUUCUAAUUUUCUCAUUUUCUGUGUACAGAGUGAAGAGGCAUUAUCGCUCUCUAUUUAUGUAUUUUUCCCAACACUUGAACAACUCUAAUGUAUGCUUAAGCCUGGCUGCCUUGUUUAUUCAUUUAUAUAUGUUGAGCUGGAGAAAAGAUAGUUAUGACAUACAUGAAUAUGAAUAGGGAAGAGGGGAAGAGAUCAAAUGUUUUAAGCAUAUGUACUCCCUCUGUCUCGCGAAGCUUGAGCAGUAUUCGUUUUGGAGUUGUCCCGUAAAACUUGAGCAGUUUUCUUAUAUGGCAAAAGAUUUUUUCAUUAUUCACCUUUUCACUCACCGCAUUUAACAUACAAAAUACUAACUUCUUAAAAUUCGUAUUUAAAAAAAAUUGCUCAAACUCCGGGAUUACAUUUACGAAAGAAAAUGGUAAAUGGAGUUAAGUAGAAUUGAGUUGGGCCAAAUCAAAACUCAACAUGUUGAAGUAGAUCUAUUUUGACUGAGUCAACUACUGACUUCGCCAGUAACCACUUGUCUUAUCUACAACGACAACUAGAAGCAGUCACUACUCUCUCUCUCUGUGUUGACUUUCUCUCUCUUACAGCUUAGCUUGGUCGUGGCCAUUUCAAUUUUGAAAUAAACCGGCAGUCAUGUCUGUGGCGACAGCCGCAAAUCCGGCCAACAUCUGUGCAAUGGAUAGGGUUUCCUACUGCUGCGUAUGGAAGGAGGGGCGCGUUAUCUACAAAUACAGCGUCGGCAACCACGAGAUCGACAACAUGGCCGCCUUGUGCUUGGAAUCCAUCCCUCCUUACCACAGAUCCUACUCCCAAACCAUUGCUUCUUACACUUUCUCCUUCUUAAUCGACGACGCCUUCGUCUACUUCGCUAUUCUGCGCCGCCACUCUCUCACCAACUCCCAUCUCCUUGCCUUCCUUCAAAGCUUGAGGGAUGAAUUCACCAAUAUUGCCACUCCUAAGACUCUCGACGACCACUUUGCGCCCGUCGUCCGUCGCCUGGUGGCUUCCUUAGAGGCCGCAACUGCCACGCCGUGGCCGGCCAUGAAUGGGGCCGCCGCAGAAGCUGGUACUUCCACCAAAGCCCCUCUCCUAGCAAGGCCUUGCAAACAAGACAAGAAGAAGAAGAUCAAGGAUGAUGCGGCUGUUGCCAGGGAUAUUGAGACGCCGGAGCACAGGCGAUCCACGGACUCCGACGCGUCUUCGAGGAUCAAGUCCAGCACCCAGAAUCUGAGAGACAAGUGGUGCCGCCAAGUGAGGAUUGUUCUUGCCAUCGAUGCUGCAGUCUGCCUUCUUCUACUUGUAAUUUGGUUAGUUAUAUGCCAUGGUAUAGAGUGCAUUCGUUGAUAUAUAUAUAUGAUGGAGGCCUUUUGCAUUUCAA